UCUGAACAUUAGAGUGGAGUGUGCAGAAUAGUUCCAUGUGUUAGAAGAGCUGUGAUUUUUGGUGAAUUUGUUGGUAAUUUCGGUGUUUUUAGAUUUAUCAAUAGAAAACGAUUUUGUGACUUUUAAGUGAAGUUGGUGGUAACGGAAAAAACCGAAAAUGUUCAAAAUUUGACGAAAAGUGAAGUUUACAAAAAAUAUCUUCCAACUGUGAUAAAUAUUAUAAGGAAGCAUGGAACAAUUCGAACAACUGUGACCUGUGCUAUAUGCCUGGACCGAUAUCGAAAUCCAAAGCUCCUACCAUGCCAGCAUUCCUUCUGUAUGGAACGUGUAUGGAUGGGCUAGUCGACUAUGUUAGGAGACAGGUAAAAUGCCCGGAAUGCAGGGCGGAACAUCGUAUCCCCUACCAAGGGGUGCAAGGCUACCCCACAAAUGUCACCCUUCAAAGAUUUCUGGAGUUGCAUAUUGAAAUCACCGGAGAACUCCAGAUCUACCAGUGUUCAGGUAAAGAAUAUACUUUUUGUGUGCGAAGAGCCCUCCAUAGACUGCAAGACAUGUUGGGGGUUGUGGAGAAAAACAUGCUGGCUCUACAAACUAACUGUUCCUCAGUCUCUGAGGAGGUGGACGAGAUUUACAGACGCCUCACCAAGGCCCUCAAAGACCGAACUGAGUAUUUGAGGGUGAGGUGGAUAGAUACCUCUCAACUGAG